AUGAUUUCAUAUUUGUACAAUAUAUUGCUUUUUAUUGUAACUAUUUAUGCGUUACAAUAUCCUGUCCCAGUUAGUAAAUGUCCAGGAGAAGAUUCUCUUCGAAAGUGUCUUGAUCAAUAUCUGUUUAAAGGGCCUGUCAAUUUUCGAGAUAACUAUACUGCUUAUAAUAAAGAUAUUGAUUUUGAAUAUGAUAAAUUAAUUAUUCAUUUUCCAGUAGCAUUUGCUCAUCCUAUAGAUGAAAUAGAUGUUCAAAAUGCUAUUAAUUGUGCAGUAAAAUUAAAUAUUCCUAUUGUUGCAAGAUCAGGUGGUCAUUCUUAUGAAGGAUAUGGGAUGGGUGAUAAAGAUUGUUAUUUAGUUGUUGAUCUUGUAACCUUAAAUAAAAUUACCGUCGAUACAGUCUCUCAAACCGUUGUAGUCGGAACAGGAAAUACAUUACAAUCAGUGGAACUUGUCCUAAUGUUGGAGUUGGCGGAUUAA